AUGGCUCCCAGCACUGUUUUCAUGGAGCCAGACAACCUGCUGACACCAAAGGAGAAAAACAAGCUGAGGAAGCCGGUGGUGGAGAAAAUGCGUCGUGACCGGAUUAACAGCAGCAUCGAGCAGCUGAAACUGCUCCUGGAGAAGGAGUUCCAGAGACACCAGCCCAACUCCAAGCUGGAGAAAGCCGACAUCCUGGAGAUGACUGUCAGCUACCUGAGGCAGCAGAGCCAGCUGCAGAUGAAGGCUGCAGGGCCCUUCCAUAAGAGCUCUCAGUUUGACUUCAGAGAGGGCUAUUCCAGGUGUUUGCAAGAAGCUUUCCAUUUCCUCUCUCUUCACAAAGUCCGAACUGAAACGCAGACCAAACUUCUAAGCCACUUCCAGAAGAGCCAGUCGGCUGCCACGGAGGUCCCCUUUUCCCCCGGGAACCACAGCACCCUGAAGCCAGCAUCUCCAAAAGAUGCCAGCACCCUCUGGAGGCCCUGGUAG